AUGAAGUCCCUUGCUACCUUCUUGGCCGCUGCGGGCCUUUUCAACGCGGCUUACAGCUGCGGGGCCCAUCUCUUGGCGAGAGCAUUGCAGACUCGGGGACCGACUGACUGCGGCGGAGGAACGACACCACCCUCGACGACAUUCGCUAUCAAGAAUGUUCGCGUGUUCGACGGCAACGGAUUCAGCAUACCCCAGGCCGUCCUCGUCAGCGGGACCAAGAUUGCACUUGUUGGCGGAGCGGCGCCGCCCGGGAUCGUAACAGUGGACGGCACUGGGAAAUACCUGCUGCCAGGUCUCAUCGACAGCCAUGUGCACCCGCAGAGCUGUGGUGCGUUGAGCAAUCUUACGGCAUACGGUGUGACAACUGCAGUCAACAUGGCUUGCCUCGACUACGACGCCUGCCGGUCGUUGAAGGGCCAGGUCGGCGUCGCAGAUUACAUCACAGCUGGACUGUUUGCUGUCGGACCCAACAGCCUGCAUGCGCAGUUCUUCCAGGUACCUCCGGAGUUGACUCUCCAGCCCAAUGCCGAUCUUGGGCUGAAUGUCGACUACGUCUUUGGAAACGGCUCCGACUUUUACAAAAUCGUGGCCGAGGGAAACGGGCCGACGCAGCAGCAGCAGAACACCAUUGUACAGUUAGUCCGAAGCAGAGGCAAGGCGACAUACACACACGCCUCCUACAUGGGGGCAUACGCUCAGGCCAUCGCCUCCAAGUGCGACGGCAUCCAACACGUCCCGGCAAACGGAACCUUGAGCAGCUCGCAGGUGUCACUGAUCCGCUCGCAGGGCCAGUUCGUCACACCCACAAUGGAAGUCUUCCGUGUCGCAUUCGCCAAUCCGGCACUGGGCCCGCUGCUGGGCCUCACCCCUGCUGACACGUAUGAGAAUGUUGUGGCCAACGUCGCGUCCCUUCGUCGAGCAGGCGUUCCGUUGGCAGUGGGGACGGACGCCGUCGGGAGCCUCCCAGGAAUCCUCAACUUCCCAUUUGGCCGGACACUCCACUGCGAAAUACAGAACCUUGUGGCCGCUGGGCUGGGCAAUGCAGAGGUUCUACGCGCAGCCACCUCUGGCGCCGCGAAGCUGUACAAGUUGUCUGACAGGGGCUCGAUCAGCAUUGGCAAGCGGGCAGACCUCGUUCUGCUGAACAGCAAUCCGCUGACGAAUAUCGCAAAUACCUUCGACAUCAAUAGUGUGUGGGUCGGAGGCAGACAGGUAACGGGUAUUCUUAGUUCCAAAGGCACGAGCUGUGACCCGACUACAUACUGA